UAAAAUAGUCAGCUGAAAAUGUCAAAGAACUCUAGAAGUCAGAAUUUAAGCAAAGGUAACGCUCAGGAUCCAAAACUGUCAAUAGUUAUCAGAAAAUUCGGAGACAAGUUUAAGUACAUCAAGAUUAACCAGGAGGAUAAACCUUUAAAGUCUAAUUCCAGAGGAGGAUCUAGACACUCGAAUAAGCCAAGAUCUUCAGCUCAUAGGGCUCCAUCAGAGCAAAACUCCAAUAGGAAUAAUAGGAAGAAGGAUAUCGACUCUGUGUCAGGUGUUUCUAGCAACAAGAAAGGUCCAGCAAGUUUGAAUCAUGCUUCUGAAGUUGGGAAAAUUGGGCAUAAAAGUGAGCCUGGUCAAAAUAAUGAUGGAGAAAUGGAAUUAGGUGACAAAGAUAAUGACAAUAAUUCAGAGGCUGUAGCUUUCAAACCCCCAUAUGUAAUCCCUAGCACAUCUCAGUGGUUUGAUCUUGACCAUAUUCACGAAAUCGAGAAGGACUGUUUACCAGAGUUCUUUUGUGGUAAAUACCCCUCAAAAACACCUGAAUCUUAUAAGGAAUACAGAAAUUUCAUUGUUAAAUUAUACCGUGAGAAUCCUUCAGGAUAUCUUGCAGCAACUACAUGUAGAAGACAUUUAGCUGGGGAUGCUUGUGCCAUCAUCCGAGUGCAUGCAUUCCUUGAACUUUGGGGGUUAAUCAACUUUAAUGUAGAUCCUUUCCAAAAGCCCCAUAAAAUUUCCCUGAAUAGAGAAGGUUCUUAUGCGAAAUACUUGGUAAAUGCCGCCAAUAAGCACUUUAUUGAAAGAAGUGAACAAGAAAUUUUGAAAAACUUGGGUAGUACUUCUGAGAGUCAAGCUGUUAAGGAAGGAACCACUGCAGAGCCUAUCUCGCUGGAUACUAUCAAAAAGAUCAACUUCCUCUCUCACAAUAAGCGCCCGUAUUGAAACUAUUGUGGCAUUUUGUGCGGAAUGUACUGGUAUAGAAAAAUCAGUACUGAUACUGGAAACCCAGAGUUAAUCGAGAAGGAUAAGGCUGAUAAUUCAGGAGAAGUUAAUUUAGACCAGAAAGAGCAUCAAGGAAAUAUCAAGAGAGAGGAAAAUAAGCAGAAUGAUGACCCUCAAGAUGUUACUAUGACUAAUGAGCAAGCAAUUCAGAACCCUGAGGUAUCUGACAAAGUACCUCCAAAACCUAAGAAGAUAAUAGAACCAAUUGAAGAAUAUAAAAUGAAGAAGGAAUUGAACGAUCUUCAAUUUACCUAUGUUAUUUGUGCUUCUUGCUUCAAUGAUAAGAAAUAUCCCUCUGUGUUGACUCCAGAGAGCUUUGAAAGAUGCACAAUUCAGACUAUUCUAACAAAAUCUCAACUUAAUAGUGAAGACAAGGAAAUUCUGAAUGAAAAUGAGCAAGAGAAACUAGAGCCAGCGGGAGAAUGGACUCAAGACCAAACUUUACAACUUCUUGAUUCAAUUUCAAAGCAUGGUGAAGACUGGGAUCUGGUUUCAAAAGAUUUUGAAGGCGUCAAGACUAAGCAGCAGAUCAUAAGCUACUUCAUCACUUUGCCAAUUAAUGAGAACACUAGCGAGAAAAUUCAUAACAUAAAUGCUUUUGCAAUGAAGGCUAAACAAGAGAGACAAAAUUUAGUGGCUGAGCAGAGCUCAGUCCCUACUGUUUUCUCUGACGUCUCGAACCCAAUCCAAGCACAAGUAGCUCUGUUUGGGAGGCUCUUGGAGCACUAUGGCUUAGACGAAGAGGACAGAAGAGAGGAAACUGAAAAAGACUCCACUCUUAUAUCCGGUUUACGAUCCCAAACGAAGCACGAAGGUGACGACAAAACUAAAGUGGCCAUUAAAAUGCCUAUUCCAGAAGAAGAAAUCCUUUCAAAGGAAGUCUGCGAGAAGAUAAAGAAAAAGUCAAUGAACAAAUCAAAGAAGCUCGCUAAGAGGGAAAGGAAGGAGCUGAAGAAGCUGAUUGCAAUGAUUGUAGAGAUUGAGCUCAAAAAGAUCGGUAGUAAGGUCGAAUACCUUGAUAAGUUGGAUGAGGUCAUAAGUAAGGAAAAGGAGCAGGUCAAGGAGAUCCAUUCACAGAUUUUCGCCCAGAGAAUCUCCCUUGCUUUGAGUAGAAAUGAUAGGAAAAAUGAGUAGAAUGAGGGUAAUUGUGUCUAAUUCCUUUCAAUAUUUGAGGCUUUU